AUGAAUUUACCAAAGAAUGAAAAAAAUGAAUCUUUAGAAGAAAAAGAAAAAGAACAAGAUGUUGAUGAAAAUAUAAUUAUUAAAUACGCAGUUUUUCAUUCGUGCUUAUUAUUACUAUCAGGUAUACAAAUAUAUUUUAUCUGCCCUUCCAAAAAAAAGGAUAAUAAACGUACUAUUUUAUAUGAUAAAAAAAAACAAAGUAUAUGUUCGAACGAAUUAAAUAUUUCUAAAGAUUACAUAGAAAUACAAAAGAACAUUACUAAAGAAAAUAUAAAAAUGAAGAAUAAAAAUAAAUCCUUGAAAGACCAUUUUUUAAAUGACUAUAAUAUUUAUUUUAAUAAACCAAAAAAAAAAAUUCUUAAUGAACAUACCUCUUAUCCUAUACCUGUUUAUAAAAAAAAUAACGAAUGA